AUGGAUCCAAUCGUUCUACCACCGAGAAUGUUCGCCGCCAGCGAGGAACCAUUGGGCGAGCGUAGCAACUCUUACCACAAAAUCAAGAAGACGGAGAUGAUUAUUGACGCUCUCGAACCAGAGGAGUUAGAGUUCUUGCGAAACUCCACCUUCGGGAAGAUCCUUGCCAUUGACGAGAAUCCUCCAUUCUCUGGUACGUUUGGUCAGUACAUUAUUGUGAGGCUCUUGAAAGUUAACAAAAAGUACGAGAUCUGGAUCUUGUUUGCCGGAACCCCUGGUAGGAUGUCUCUGUGGGAGUUUGCGAUAGUGACUGGUCUGAAUUGUGAUAAGAAGAAGAAGAAGAAAAACCCACUCAACGAGAAGCUCUAUUGGAACGAGCUUUUUGGUUCUCUGAAUUCUUGUACCGUCGACACUGUUAUUGAUAUGCUGAAGAAAAUGAUUGUCAAAGACAGAGACACUAGGAUUAAAUUCGCAUGCCUUGCCAUCACGUCUUCAGUCUUGUUUCCCUCCUCGCAUACUCCUCGUAUAUUACCGGAGCAUGUUGAAAUGAUCAGAGACCUCAAUGAAUUUCUUGCAUACCCAUGGGGCAGAGCUUCAUAUCUGACGCUCAUCACAUCUAUUAUAUCGAAUGAUGAGAUAGCUCUAUCUCAGAUCGAUGGCGAGACGCCUGACGAAGUGGCGGCUCCUGUUGAAGCUAAUGUCUCGAGGGCUGAUAAACCACUACAUGCUAACAAGUACUGUCUAAUUCCCGGGCAUGCAAAAACCAUUGAUACCGAAUGUCAGCUCCCCGUGAUGUCCCUUAUUGAAGAACCGUACGAAGAAUGGUCCACUGGUGCAGAUUUUGAUAUGGUUGAUGAAACGGAUGACUUGGCUGUUGAUCAGAUGGUUGGCUUGAUCGAAGAGGGAUUUAAGUUCCGCAUGGAGAUGUUCAAAGGUGGGCUGACCGGGAAUGAUCUUUCACGCAUGAGGUUGGUGAAGAAACCAAAAGAGAAAGAGCCGAGAGACAAGUUUGACAAGGAAAACGUUGUGGAGAUGACAGAUGUAGAGUCUUCCGACCGAGAAGCAAUCGUUCAGCUGUUUGCCUCGCAGAUUUCUGACAAGUUAAGUUCAUCAUCCCGCGACAUUUGCCAGGAGAUUAGCUUAUUUGAGAUUCGUUUAGAGAAGGCUAUCCACGCUAGGGGUGGGCGUUCGGAUUGA